AUAAAGUGACUGGAAUCUAUGAGCUUAGCUUGUGCAAAAUAGCUGACACAGGAAGCCCAGGUAUGCAGCGACGGAGACGGAAGGUUCUGGAUACAUCUGUGGCGUAUGUGCGAGGAGAGGAGAACCUGGCAGGCUGGAGACCCCGAGGAGACAGUCUGAUCCUGGAGCACCAGUGGGAGCUGGAGAAACUCGAGCAGUUGCAUGAGGUGGAGAAGACAUGUCACCUGCUGCUGCUCCGUGAGAAACUGGGUGAGACGGCUCCUCCUAAAUCCCUGAGCGACUCUCUGUCUCCCAGUCUGAGCAGCGGCACCCUCAGCACCUCCACCAGCAUCUCCUCCCAGAUCUCCUCCACCACCUUUGAGAGCGCCAUCACACCCAGUGAGAGCAGCGGAUACGACUCCACAGACAUCGAGAGCUUGGUAGACCGCGAGAAGGAGCUGGCCACUAAGUGCCUCCGGCUCCUGACACACACUUUCAACAGUGAAUACAACCAGAUGUACAACAGCAUCAGUGACUGCAAGUUGUCGGAUAUCUCUCCUAUGGGCCGUGACCCAUCCGUCACCAGUUUCAGCAGUGCUACUCUCACACCCUCCUCCACCUGCCCCUCUUUGUCAGACUCUCGGACCCCUGAAGCUAACUCUCGUGCCACCAGCCCCUCAUGCUCAGACUAUGAGAACUUCCCCAUGGUGCCCAUUCUGGAAACGUCCUACCUGGCCCGCGCCGGCAAACACGAGUUCCUCAACCUUGUGCCUGAUAUUGAGGAAAUGAGACCUGGGUCUGUGGUAUCAAAGAAGGGAUUCCUCAGUUUCAUGGAGUCCCGUUCCAACUCCUGGGUGAAGCACUUUGUGGUGGUUCGACGGCCAUACGUGUUCAUCUACAACAAUGACAAGGACCCAGUAGAGAGGGGAGUGCUGAAUUUAUCCACUGCCCAGGUGGAAUACAGUGAAGACCAGCAGGCCAUGCUCAAGACACCUAAUACAUUCGCCGUGUGCACCAAGCACAGAGGGAUCCUCCUCCAGGCCAACAAUGACAAAGACAUGAACGACUGGCUGUACGCCUUUAACCCACUGCUAGCAGGAACAAUAAGGUCCAAGCUGGCGAGGAGACGGUCCAGUCUGAUGAAGAACUGAACGAGUGUACACACGCACAGAGAUAGUGCUCAUUUCUCAGUAUU